AUGCUUAUCGACAGAUAUUGUCGCGAGACGCUGAAGGAGGCUACGAGGACGAGCAAGAAGAAUGAAGAUUGCCUUAUUCGAGUGUACACAGGCAAACGGAGACCAGAAGGACGCCAGCCUGGAAUGUUUUUCAACCUGCGCAACUAUGGUCUUUGCGUCGAUCAAAUGGAAGAGCUAGGUUUGGAUCCGCUUGUCAUUGCGAAGACACUGGCUGAGGCGCUCGCACAUUGCUAUUGGAAAGCUGAAGUCGAUGCGAACGAUGUUGAGUUUGUGCUCGCGCCAGCUACCCCCCAAGAAGAGUACAGACGAAACUCGUCAAUACCUAUCUUCACACUUCUAGAUCAAGAGCUCGUCAUUUGGAUGUUGGACUACGACUGCGUACGUCAUAUGAGUCAAGACGCAAACGGCAUCGCGCAAGCAGUUCACGCAUUCUGGCGCAACGACCCGUACUUCCCUCGACCUUUUGCCUACGGCCAUACACAUGCUGAUACCGAAUUAUGGCAAACGUUCAAGGCCCACUUCCUCGACUUUAGCAGGCGCAUGUUGACACACAAAGAGGGAAGCGUAGAUGAGGACAUAUUGGACCUCCCGCAGCAAUGGGUGACGCAAGUAGAAGCCGAAGGAAGCAGGCGUGAAGCAAGGCAAGAAGAGCGACGUGAGUGA